AUGGACAUUGGCUAUGAGGAAAAACCUUGGACAUGGAGUAAUAGGUGGGACAAUGAGGGAGAGAUCAGAGAACGUUUAGAUAGAGUAUUGGGAUCUGGGAGUUGGUGUAAUAGUUUUAGGAAUGCAAGAUGCAGGCAUCUAGAGACCGAAGCUUCUGACCAUUCUAUGUUGUUGGUAGAUAUAAAACCUGCAAUGGGGAAGAGGUGGAAGAAGAGGUUUGUGUUUGAUAGGAAUUGGCUUCAACAUAAGGAGAUGGGGAAUAUAGUUAAGUCAGCCUGGAACACUAGUUGUAUAGGGUCCAGAUUCUUCAAGUUUCAAUUUAAAAUCAAGCAGUGUAGAGUGGCCUUACUGAGAUGGAACAAGCAGAAGGAGAGCAAUUUUGGGAAAAUCAUCUUACAGACUAAAAAAGAGAUGAAAGUGCUAAGGGAUAGUAAUGUAAGUGGAAAAGGGGUCAGACUGGCAUUGUUGAAGAAAAAACUAGUUGCAGUUUAUAUGGAUGAAGAGGUCUAUUGGAGUCAAAAAGCAAAACAGAAAUGGUUAACAGAAGGAGAUAAAAACACCAAAUUCUAUCAUGUUUGUGUGGCUGGAAAAAGGAAAAGGAAUAGGAUUGGUCUUAUCAAGAAAAGAGAUGGGGAUUGGUGUAAGGAUGAGGAGGAGACUGGCACAGAAAUAAUCCAAUAUUUCAAAGACAUUUUUACUGCUGAGGCUCCUCAGGGCAUUGAUGCCAUCCUAAAUGAAAUUUCACAGUCCAUAACUAGUGUGAUGACCAAACAGCUUAUCUUACCUGUGACUGAGCAGGAGGUUCACAGAGCUGUCUUCUCUAUGCAUCCAAACAAGUCACUUGAUCCUGAUGACGGCUUCUCAGUUCUGCUCAAUCAAGCAGUCAGACAGGGAAAACUAACUGAUCUCCAAUUGUCUUCUGGUGGUCCUAGAUUAUCUCAUCUCUUUUUUGCAGAUGACUCAUUAAUAUUCUGUAAGGCCAAGGAAGAGAAGGCAGUGCAGUUGAUGGAGGUUCUAAGGCAAUAUGGUGAUGCUUCAGAACAACUCAUCAAUAUUGAGAAAUCAUCAAUUUUCUUUAGCAAAAAUGUCCCAACAGGGGAGAGGUUGAAGGUGCUUGAGAGAGUGAGAGGGAUGAAGAAGGUUAAACAGAGCAGGUACUUGGGUCUACCUUUGGAAAAGGUGAUUAGACGGAUAUCAGGAUGGAAAGAGAAGUUGCUCAGUAUGGCUGGAAAAAAAAUGCUACUGAAAUCUGUGGUCAUGGCUCUUCCAGCAUAUGUGAUGUCAUGUUGCAAGCUUCCUAAGGAACUUUGUAGGGGUAUUGGGAAAGAGAUGGCUAAGUUUUAG